CUGUCAAAAUCGUGCAGUUAAGCCCGAAGUAAAUAUCGAUAACAAUUUAAGGAAAUUGAUUUUAAUAGUUUUGUGCAUUCGGUAAAUUAUCAAAAUUAACGAUUGGAAACAUUGGUUGAAAUGGCUUCCGCAGGAAAAAAGGGAAAAAAGAAUAAAGGAACUGUUAUAUCCUUGCAAUCAUUUCUGUGUAAUUCUGAUGCACCAGUCGGAACAACCCAAGUCUCAAAGAAAAUUCGAAAUUUAGAUGGCGAAGAUAGCGAUGAUGGAAGUGGUACAUUGCCGUUGGUUUAUCAGCUUCCAACCGCUCCGAGGGCAAAUCGAAUAUUUGACGAUAAUUCUAUUCCUCAUAAAGCCCCAUUUAUUGCUUAUAUCAAUAAUUUACCAUUUGACGCAAAUGAAGAUGACCUCUACGAAUUUUUUGACGGUAUUAAUUUAAUUUCGCUGAGACUACCUAGAGAAGAUGGCGAAAAUGGUCGCUCCAGAGGCUUUGGCUAUGUUGAGUUGGAAAAUCGUGAGGAUUUGAUUCAUGUACUUAGUUUACCAGACCCCUCUAUUAAAGGUCGUCGCAUUCGUAUUGAGCUAUCGAAUGAAAACGACCAGCAAAGCCGACAAAAAAGUAAUAGGCGGUUUGAUGGCUUUGGUAAUAAUGGAGAUAAUAGAGACUCUGGAAAUUGGAGGCGAGAUAGUCAAAAUAAUGGAAGUAGCUUUGGAAGUUCUUCCCAUUUUGAAAGAAGCUUUAAUAGAGAAAGAAAACCUUUACCAGAAAGAGAAGAUGCGAAUACUCCUGGAUCUUGGCGCACCAACGCUAGACCGCCAUCUAUUGAUUCAUCCCCUACGCGGAGGGAAGUUGACCAAGUAUCAGAAAAAUAUCGAGAAGGUCGCGGCAGAACAGCAGAUCGAUAUUCCCGUGAAGAUACAUCCAAAGUUGAAGAAAGGCCAAAAUUGAAUUUAAAACCACGAACUUUACCAUUGCCAGAAGUAAAGAGAAUUGACUUUGAAAAAAAUGAUGUUGAUGAGGUCAAUUUGGAUAAACAAGGCGGAACUUCAUCAUUAAACGUUUUUGGGUCUGCAAAACCGGUAGAUACAGCAGCAAGGGAGUUGGAGAUUGAGCAAAGAUUGGCUCUCGCUCGAAAACAGGAUAAAAGUCGCAGAGAAGAAGAGCUUUUAAACGAAAAACUUGCCGAACUCCAGGUGGAUAAAAAUGAUAAUGAAAGUGCAACAGUUAGUUGGCGCAGGAAUCACGACUACAAGGAGAGCGACAAAAUUAAUAAGUGUUCAGGUGAAAAACUGGGUGACGAAGAAAUCAAUAAAUUGAAUCAUCCGCGAGGCCAGUUUAACAGGCCUGAACUUUUAAGAGAAAAAGUUCAUACGAACGGGGAGAGCAAAAUUUUGGACGAAAGCAAAAUCAAACGAGAUUCUCGGAAUGACCGUUCACUGCCGAAGAAAAUUUCCCAAAAUGAAAUUGUUUUGCAGACAUCUAAUAAAUAUUCCGGACUGGACAAUGAAGGAUCGGAAUAAAAUAUUUGUGUUUCUUAUAAAUAAAUAAAAAUAAAGAAAACAUAUAAUAAUAAUUUACAAUCAAAUGUUAAAGUGAGUUCUUGGCAUUGUUGAUAAACGUAAAAAGAUAUUGA